GCAGGCGCAUUACGCCCGACCGAGGCCUCAGCAGGCUCCUGGAGCCCGCAGUGCGCAAGCGCGCAACAUCUCCGUUUUCCUCCCCUCAGUCCCUUAUCCCCCCCUCCUUUCCCCUUCACGAAGCCGGCUCCGGGGCGCUCUCACCCCUGUGAGGAGGCCGGACUCCGAAGACGUUCUCUCCGCUCCCGGAAGAUCAUGUACCAGCCCAGCCGAGGGGCGGCCCGGCGUCUCGGCCCCUGCCUCCGGGCCUACCAGGCUCGACCCCAGGUGCGCUCAGGCCAGAAGCGGGAGGGGAGGAGAGGGGGCGGGGAGAGACCCUCCUCAGAGCCGGCGCGUGGGGCGGAGCGCGCGCCGGCUUCCGCGCAGGCGCAGUGACACCCCCCGCCGCUUCCCCGCUGUGCCUCGGGGCGCGUGGACUGGCUGGGGGCGGCGGGGCGGCGUUGCCCGGCCUGGCGCGCGGUUCUCCCCGGUCUGAGGGCGGGCAGGCGGGGUCGAGGCCGGGCCGCCGGGCGCGUCCGCGUUGCACCCUGGUCUCCGGGGUUACCUGUGCCUGGAGGUGAUUUGAAGGGCAGGAGCGGAGAGGUUCGCAGCCGGAGUUCCCCGGCCUAGACCGGACCCACGGGCCGGGCUCCGCAGCCCGCGCAUCCUGCCCCGGGAGAGCGGUCCGGGCAGGAAGGCCGGCCCGAGCGGACCCGGGUCGGGCCCCUGCGCCAGGGCUGGCCACGUGGCCACGCCCCCAGCGGAGAUGGCGCCCCUGGGACACCGUCGGGGACCGAGGACCAGGUUUCUCCACGGACUCUACCAUUCCCGCCCCUUUGGCCUCACUCCACGACAGCCACUUCCCCAUCUUCUCCUCUUCUCUGGUCUCCCCCACCCCUGUGCCCUCCCAGCCUGCGACUUCCCCCGGCUCCCCCACUACCUCUCCCUCAGGUCCAGGCUCUCAGCUCACCAUGGGUGGUUCUCCCUCCAGGAAAGGGGGAGGAUGGACCAGGACCUGAGUUGCACAGUGGCUGCCUGGAUGGGCUUAGGAGCCUUUUUGAGGGACCUCCCUGCCCCUAUCCUGGGGCUUUGAUACCUUUCCAAGCCCCUGGAACUGCCCACCCUUCCCCUGCCGCCCCAUCAGGAGAUCCUAGUAUGGAGGAACACCUGGCUGUCAUGUAUGAGAGACUGAGACAAGAACUUCCCAACCUCUUCCUUCACUCCCACGACUACACUCUCUAUUCCUUGGACGUGGAAUUCAUCAAUGAGAUCUUGAACAUGCGUACCAAAGGCCGGACAUGGUACAUUCUGUCGCUGACCCUCUGCCGUUUCCUGGCCUGGAACUAUUUUGCACAACUUCGUUUGGAGGUUCUACAGCUGACCCGCCACCCCGAGAACUGGACCCUGCAAGCCCGCUGGCGGCUUGUAGGGCUGCCCAUCCACAUGCUCUUUCUGCGUUUCUACAGGCGUGACAAGGAUGAGCUUUACCGGACCUAUGAUGCCUACUCUACCUUCUACCUGAAUUCCAGUGGCCUCAUUUGUCGCCAUCGCCUGGACAAACUGAUGCCUUCACACUCACCUCCAACGCCUGUGAAGAAGCUGCUAGUGGGAGCCCUGGUGGCCUUGGGGCUGUCAGAGCCAGAACCCAACUUACAGCUGUGUUCCAAGGCCUAACCUUUGGCCUUGGAGUGGAGGUGGCACUGAAGCCUUUGCUACGCACAAGAGAAGGAGGUGAGGCGGCCAGAGUCUCAGGAGCCCUCUCCUCUCCUCUCCUCUCUCCUUCCUUCCUUUCCACCUCAUGCUGUGUAAAGCUGCUGUGUAAUUUAAUUUGUAAAUAAUAAAGUUUAUGUGACUAUAUGAGACAGAAUUUCAUAUGAUCCCA